AUGGCGGAUGUAGCUCUGGCGGUGAAACAACUGGAUGUGGAAAUGUCGACUGUUCCCUCUAUGGCUGCGGGGGGGGAAUGUGGAUUCUUUGGGUGUGAUGGAGGCUGUGGUUUAGGUUUCUGCGGAGGUGGAUGUGGCCUUGACGGCUGCGGGCCUGGAUUUGGAGAUGGGUCCUGUCUUCAAGAAGGAGGUGGUGGUGGCUCCGAGGAAGAUGAGACAUCAACUUUUAAAUUGUGCUGCGCAACUGCAACGCCUACUGUCACGACCGUUUGCGACUAUGCCUGUGCAGACGAGGCAUCAACAUCUUGUGUCACUCUCUGCACCUCAUUAACCAUAAGCUGUGAGCCCACCGGGUUCGUGAAUUUCUCCCCUGGCACUGUGGACGCGGACGAGAUACCUCUCACAUUACUUGACGCCUCCGAUGAUGCGAUCGCAUCUGAGGCAAAUUCCAUGGCUUCCUGGUUGAACCCGUUUUACACCAGCAUGGAUCCCAUCAUGAUAAAUGGCACCACCAUGACUGUAUCAGCUACAGCGCCCGCUGUGACUGCGUCUGCUUCAACAGCCACCGCCACCGCCAUCUCGGCUACCUCUUGUGAUAUCAAAAGCACAAGUUCCUCCUCUUACUGCUCAUGCGAUGGAGGGUACGGUGUGACACUAUCAACAAAGGCCAACAAGGCCCAAACCACCUUCCUAGUCUGUGAUGUCUCUCCAGCCCUGACAGUUUCCACUAUACUGCCGAAGAUGACAAGUACCAAAACAACUUCCACUUCCACAACCACUUCUUGGGAUAGCGAUUCUACCUCCGUGGGCUUUGUUAUAUAUCAAACCUACUGGUCAACCUCCGAGUGUCCCAUUGGCUAUACAUGCGAGAGUGGUGAUAAAUGGAAUGCGGUCUACGUGGUAGAGGAUGUAGAUUCGGAUAUAAUACUCGCUCAAGGCACGUGGAACCAGGGUGGCAUGGUUGAUGGAAGUAAAGCCAAAUUUUGUGAUCAGACUUUGACUUUCACAGUUGAUGGCGAUAAUAUCAAAGGGUCAAGUAGUGUCAGCAAGUAUGGCUCAUAUUUCUGCAAGAAGGGCAGUCUUCCCGAGGACACUACCUUCUAUGAUUCGGAGAACACGGAUCUUAUGAUGCCACAGAGGGAUGAAACUGUAUGA